CCGCUGUCGCCGCGGCCGGCGUCGCUAAAUGAUGUUACAACUUCCGGGUCGCCAAGGCCGCCUCUGGCGGCGCCAGCGUCGGUUUUAGCAGGUGUUCUGUCUAUGGAGUCAGUUGGUGCUGGCGACGGCGUGGAGGCAGGAGGCGGUGUCCGAUUGGGGGCCGUUUCCCCGCCAGGAUGUUACCGGGGUUGGCCGCCGCCGCUGCGGCCCACAGAUGUAGCUGGUCCUUCCUGUGCCGGCUGCGUCUGCACUGCAGGGCGGCGGCCCUCGGCUCCGGCGACCGCCAGGAAUGGCAGAGUUCAGUGACAUUUGGAAGCUUUUCAAACAUGGUUCCCUGUAGUCACUCAUAUACUUUUACACUGAGUCAAGUAAAGUUGUACUCCACAAAUGUUCAGAAAGAAGGACAGGGUUCACAAACUCAUCAAAUGUCAUCAUUUGAUGAAACAGCAGAAAAUAUAGGUGCAAAACUCAAAGCUCCACUUACUAAGCAAGAACCUCUCCAAGUAAGAGUUAAAGCAAUCCUUAAGAAGAGGGAAUAUGGACCAAAGUACACUCAGAAUAAUUUCAUCACUGGAGUCAGAGCCAUAAAUGAGUUCUGCCUUAAAUCCAGCGAUCUAGAACAACUUCGAAAAAUCAGACGACGAAGUCCUCAUGAAGAUACCGAGUCCUUUACUGUAUACUUGAGAUCAGAUGUGGAGGCAAAAUCUUUGGAAGUUUGGGGAAGUCCUGAAGCUCUUGCCAGAGAGAAAAAACUACGUAAAGAAGCAGAAAUAGAAUAUAGAGAAAGGCUAUUUAGAAACCAAAACAUACUAAGAGAAUAUGGAGACUUCCUGGGAAAUACUAAGCCACGCUCCAGAACAUCAGUUUUUUUUAAGGGGCCAGGAAAAGUGGUGAUGGUUGCCAUUUGUAUUAAUGGAUUAAACUGCUUCUUUAAGUUUCUUGCCUGGAUUUAUACUGGUUCAGCAAGUAUGUUCUCUGAAGCUAUACAUUCUUUAUCUGAUACUUGUAAUCAGGCUUUACUAGCAUUGGGCAUCAGUAAGUCUGUUCAGACACCAGAUCCUACUCAUCCGUAUGGAUUUUCAAAUAUGCGCUAUAUUGCUUCACUAAUUAGUGGUGUUGGUAUCUUCAUGAUGGGUGCAGGAUUAUCUUGGUACCACGGAAUCAUGGGAUUACUUAAUCCUCAACCAAUGGAAUCUCUUCUCUGGGCAUAUUGUAUUUUAGCAGGAUCAUUGGUAUCCGAAGGAGCAACACUUCUUGUUGCUGUAAAUGAACUUCGUAGGAGUGCUCGGGCGAAGGGAAUGUCAUUUUACAAGUAUGUAAUGGAAAGUCGUGAUCCUAGUACAAAUGUCAUAUUAUUGGAGGAUACUGCAGCAGUCCUGGGAGUGAUAAUAGCAGCCACUUGUAUGGGCCUUACGUCUAUAACAGGUAAUCCACUGUAUGACAGCCUUGGUUCAUUGGGUGUGGGCACCUUAUUAGGCGUGGUCUCAGCAUUCCUCAUCUACACUAACACCGAAGCACUUUUAGGGCGAUCCAUCCAGCCAGAGCAAGUACAGCGGCUUACUGAACUCCUGGAGAGUGACCCAUCAGUAAGGGCAAUUCAUGAUGUUAAAGCCACAGAUCUUGGAUUAGGGAAAGUAAGAUUUAAGGCAGAAGUAGAUUUUGAUGGAAGAGUUGUUACAAGAUCAUAUUUGGAAAAACAAGAUUUUGACCAAAUGCUACAAGAAAUUCAAGAAGUGAAAACUCCUGAAGAACUAGAGACGUUUAUGCUUAAACAUGGAGAAAAUAUUAUUGAUACUUUAGGGGCCGAAGUAGAUAGACUUGAGAGAGAACUGAAAAAACGAAAUCCUGAAGUUCGACAUGUAGAUUUGGAGAUAUUAUAGAUUUGAUGGAAUGAAUCACCUUGGAGGGAGCCUUGGAAAUAAACUGUCCAUUCUGCUCUCCCAUACUGAAGAGAAGUCAACACCAUUGGAAGCCAUUUUUUUUAGAUGGAGGAAAUUCUUUCUGUGAAGGCAAUUCAGCAGUCCACAGAAUUAAACUACUACUUACUUCCAAGAGACAUAAGUUAAAUCAAUUUGGAAAUCGUGUUUUUUUUGUUUCAACAGGAAGUAGUUAAUUUAAAUUGUUUGUAAUUUCUCAUUUUAGGCUGUCAGGGUGAAUUGUACCUUGCAGUCAUGUUUCCUUUCUCAACAUUGGUAAAAAUGAGCAGCAUUUAUAGGAUUGUAAUUUUUAAUUUUGUUGCCACUGGAGAUUUCACUCCAUCAAACCCUGCCAUUCUUGAACAUUAUGGCUAAUUCUUGGUGUGUGGCUUUUACAGUCACUCCAUUUCAAAGUCUAUCUUUCCUUAUAGAAUGUGGAAACUAUUUCUACAUACUUUGUAAUUUUGCUAUGAGCACUAAGAGGAACAUUUGUUAUCUAUAAAUGUUCAUUCCAGAAAUGGCUUAGUUACUGAAUUGAAGGAAGAUGUAUCAGUAUGCUCUUUCAGGUCAUAGUAGUUGCCAUGUUGUAAAAUUUCUUACCUCUCUUUUGCAGUUUUUUUCCUUAUUUUAAGUUUUCUGAUGGUAGAUCUAAAAUAGUCCUAGGUGUUUCCACAGGACAAUGGGAUGACUGUUUCUUGUUUUUGUUUUUUAACUGACUUCAGUACCUUAAUAUGUAUUUAUUAGGAGAUAAUACAUUCAUAAGCAUUUUAUCAUUCUGUAAAAUUGACUAGGAAUAUAAUUUUACAGAGAGAACAGCAUUUUAAUUUAUUUUUUAAAAGGCACUACUUAUGUAAACCUGAACUGUGGGAAAUGUUUGCUUUAAAGAGCAGUAAAUACCUUAUGUAGAAACUUGUGGCCAUGAUUUUGUAUAAUAUAGUCAAUAGUGUUUGUGACAUGAGUUUCUUGCAGUCAUAAAUGGAUAUUUGGCAUGAUAUAUAACUAUAACAUAUAAGUAAGUAGCUUUCUAAUGAUUAUAAGGUAUCAAGGUGAAAAAACACACAAUUCAGUAAUUGAAAAUUUAGUGCAAAACUACACCUGUCUCCAUUCAUCAAAACAGUAUGCACUUUCAAUUGUUCAGGUGGCAGUGAGCAUUGCCUAUGCAGGAGUGGUGGCUCGGUGCUCUUUGCUGGAUAAGUGAGUGAAAGACAUAAGGACCCAAUUACCUGUGUUCGGUCAUGUCAAAACUUAGAUUGCGGUUUAUGAAUUACAGCAGAUUGUAAUGCUGGAAACAAAAAAUAAACAUUUACUUAAAGGGGAUGUAAUGGUAAUGUUUUGUUCCAGAAAGGUCGUUUAUUGGAAAAUUUCAAAACUUAACAUGAGUGUACAUUUUUUACCACUACAGAGCACUUUGCAUGCUGUACAUUUUAAGUGAAGUAACAUUCCAGUUUUAUUUUUUAAGAUAGAAAAUUGUUAGAUGUAUGUAUACAGUUUGAUUCUCUAUUCUUAUGGUUUCAAAUUCUUCACUCCCACUUUGUAAAAAACUUCUUCACUACCACUUUUUAAAAAACUUCUUGCCCAUUAUAAUUCACUCUAUACUUUGUGUUGUCUUCCCUCCCCUUUCCUACUUUUCCAUUUGUUAUUUCAUGUCAGUGCCAUAUGGGAAGAUACCAAAUGAUAUCCAGUUUCUGCCUAGUAAAUUACUCUGGAAAUUUUCUAGACAAAAAUAAUUAACUCAUUAAAAAAAAAGUCUCGAAGUUGAUGUGUGGAAAAUAUUCCAAAUGGUAGGGUUUUUUUUUUAAGGACUUCCUAAAAUAGACCAAUUCCUGGCAUUUCUAUGAGUUUUCUAAUCUGAUUUUGACUGAGGUUGUAUCUAUUUAUAAAUAAUAGUUGAAGGCUUACAUUUCUGUUUUUUCUUUCUAGUUCUGUAUUCACUGAUAUUUUAAAGUCCGUUUAAGCAAAUCUGACAUGAAGAAGGAUUGAAUAUCUAGAAUUUGAGUAUUUCUGUAGAAUCAGGAAAUGUAUGAUGACAUUACUGGUCCUUUUUUUUCCUUUUAGAGUCAAAUUUGAAUUUUAAAAUAAUACUGAGUCCAGGUUUCUUGUUUUUAGUUUUUUCCAAAUUAAUACUCCUUACUUUAAGUCUUGCCCUGAUAGAUAGCAUUGAAUAUUUAAGCUUCUAAACAUUAAUAUUUUCAAGGCAAAUAGCUUCUGUAGUAGAGUACUUGAAAUCAAAGCAAUGUUGGACAAAGAAAAGGGCAGUCAAGGUCCCAUGACUCCCACUUGUACUAAUCUGAAACCUGGAAACUAUCAAAGGGGGGAAGUAAACUUGUUUGCAACUUUGACUUGAGAAUGGAUCUCUAAAUCAACAGUAAGUAACAGUCCAAAAAUAUGAAAGGUGACACAUUUUUUAGACAAUAACAAUGGGAGGAUGAUGGAUAGAGAACUAUAAGAACUAUUUUAACCAUCUUGGCAGCCAGGUAUCCAAUUCCAAAGAGGGAUAUUCUUGAACAUUUGUAUACUGAGGAAACCAAGAUAGGAUCAAAUUGGAAAUUUUUGAACAUUAAAAAAAAAAAGUUAAUUGAUCUCUGCAUACAUCCUCUGACACACACACCAAAUAACCAAGAAUAACAAAAUGGCUUAAGACUUGAAUUUUGGGUAUAUGGUUUUAGUAUUACCUUAAUUAUCCUAUAAUUUAGAUAAUGCUUUUUGCCAAAAUUAUUCCAUCUAAAGGAAAUGGCUUAAGUUUUAAAUCUGAUAACUUGAGAUAGAAUGCUGGGAACUACAGAAAAUUGCACAGGCAUCUGGAAUUUAUACUAUCUUUCUUAGAUUCCAUUUGUCAAGCUUUGGCAUUUCUUUUAAAUGUGAUGACCCCCAAUUUGCCGAACUGUCAGAAGUCAUUGAAGCAAAGAAUUGAAGGUGAAAUAUUAUUCAAAGAUUGUCUUCCCUAAAUCCCUCAUCCCUGUCUCUGAAAUGGAACUUUGGAAGACAUUUAUGUAGACGAUUGGUCUGGCAGCCUAUGUAUUUGCAUUAAGUUUACUGGCAUCUCUAGACUUAGUUUUAUGGAAAAAGAAAUAUUUUGUUUCUAUUACAUUGUAUUUUAGCUGUCUGAUUUCAUUGGCAGUUUAAGAUGGUCCUGGUCCCUCAGGAUGCUUUUUCCUUAAUAAAUGUUGUAUGUAAAUAAGAACAGCUCA